UAAAGGCCACUUUUUUCCCCUUCUCUUCAUCUUUUCUUAAUGUGCCUUCUUCCCUAAGGGUCUCUCCUUGGAAAAGAAACUACUUGUCAUGUACUAUUUCAAGUUCUUGGAACUGCAAGUGGACACAAUUUCCCUCCUCUUCUCUGUCACUAUGGAGACCAUCUCUCAUGCAAGCUGAUGAGUCUUCUUGCAUCACAAGGUCAGCUGCUUUCCGGAAGGCUAGUAGUACUACUCAUGGUACUGAAGAUAUUGAAGAACCGGUGGAAAGGGUGCGGAGAGACAUGUUUAACUCCGGCGACGACGACGACCACGACAACCUCGUGAGAAAUGUGAAGCUGAUAGACAACCUUCAACGGUUGGGCAUUGCGUACCAUUUUCAUGAGGAGGCUAAGGAAGUAUUAGAUGAUCUGAGGUCGAGAAGAUCAUGGAGAAACGAUGAGGACGAUGACCUCUUUCUCGCUGCUCUUCGCUUUAGAUUACUUAGAGAGAAUGGCUACCAUGUAUCUCCAGAAGAUUCGUUUCACAAGUUCAUCAACAAGGAAGGGGAAUUCAAGGAGGCAUUAAGCAAUGAUACAGUUGGGAUGUUAAGCUUGUAUGAAGCUUCCUACUUAGGUGCAAAUGGUGAGGCAAUAUUGACAGAGGCCAUGGAAUUCACCAAUAAAAAGUUGAGAACAUCAAUGCCAAAUUUGGAUCCUCCUCUUGCUCAAGAAGUUGGAACAGCCUUGGAGCUACCAAGGUACUUAAGGAUGGUAAGGUUGGAAGCUAGAAGGUAUAUUGAUGAAUAUGCCCUGAAAACCACAGGAAACACAGCUAUUGUAGAGCUUGCAAAGUUGGAUUUUAACAACAAUCAAUUGCUACACCAAAUGGAGAUUGCAGAAGUGAUCAGGUGGUGGAAAGAGUUGGGGCUUGUUAAGAAGCUAAGUUUUGCGCGUGAUCGACCAUUGGAGUGUUUCUUAUGGACUGUGGGAAUAUUUCCAGAGCCAAGGCACUCAAAAUGUCGAAUUGAGCUAACCAAAACAAUUGCUAUCUUAUUAGUCAUUGAUGACAUCUUCGACUCUUAUGGCUCAAUAGAAGAACUUAUUCUCUUCAAUAAUGCAGUUCAAAGAUGGGAUCUUGAAGCAGUUGAGCAACUUCCUGAAUACAUGAAGAUAUGUUAUAUGGCUUUGUUUAAUACUACCAGUGAGAUUGGCUAUAGAGUCCUUAAAGAACAUGGCUGGAGCAUCAUCCCUCAUUUGAAGCGAACGUGGAUAGAUACGUUUGAAGCAUUUCUAGUUGAAGCUAAAUGGCUUAACAAGAAAUAUGUGCCUACACAAGAGGAAUAUUUAGUAAAUGGAGUUACCACAGCAGGAACAUAUAUGGCCUUAGUCCAUGCUUUCUUUCUUAUGGGAGAAGGAGUUACCAAGAAAACCACUGGGAUGAUGGAGCCGUAUCCCAUGCUAUUCUCCUAUUCAGGAAUGAUCCUUCGGCUUUGGGAUGAUUUGGGAACAUGGAGGGAAGAGAAACAAAGGGGGGAUAUGGCAUGGAGCAUAGAAUGUGCCAUGAGAGAUCACAUUAAUAUUUCAUCAGUAGAUGAAGCUUGUGAUUACAUACGGCAACGCAUUCACAACCUAUGGACUGAACUCAAUGGGCAGUUAGUAGCUCCAGAAGGAUUGCCUUUAUCAAUCAUUAAAGCAUCAUUGAACCUAUCAAGGACUGCCCAAGUUAUUUAUCAACAAGGAUAUGAUAACAAUGCUUCAAGCGUGGAAGAUCAUAUACAGUUACUGCUCUUUAGACCCAUUCCUUGAAGAAUUCUUUUCUUUUGUUGAUUUGUCAACUUAAGCAUGUAGAGAAUGGAAGAUUCAACAUAUAUGAAGAGUAGAAGCAGGUCUUUAAGUUGGAACUGUGAAUGGUGCCAUAAUGCAGCCCUAGAUUGGGAGCCAUUUGGUAAUGUAAUAGUUUCAGGAAUCUACAACCUAAUUAUUUUGUUUUCUUCUUUUUUUUUCUUCCUCCAUGUUCAAAGGAACCGAAACCCUAUGUGCAAGAAGAUUGGAGUCAAUACCAGGUAUAUUGCGCUUCAUUGAGAACCGAAACCCUUUAUUUUUUUUUUCUCUUGUAGAUCAAUGAGAAGAUAACCCAUACCUUGUGUUGUGC